AUGAAAUUACCCGCAAAUGGAAUCGGUGUUGAUGAUGAAGCGGGAAUCGCCGAGUUCUUUGAAAACCGCUCGGUUUUCGUCACCGGAGCCACGGGUUUCAUCGGGAAGAUUUUGCUGGAAAAGUUACUGCGAAGUUGUCCGGGCAUCAAGUCGGUCUUCGUUUUGGCACGCACAAAACGUCUGGCAAAUCCCGAGCAUCGCGUCGCCGAACUGCUGAAAUGCAAGGUGUUCGAUCGAGUGCGGAAAAUGGAUCCAACGGCUUUAACCAAAGUCCGAGCUGUCAAGGGGGACCUGGUGGAGCCAAACCUCGGAAUGUCUGAGGAUGACGAGAAAUGCGUCAUCAAUGAAGUGUCGGUGGUGUUCCAUGCUGCUGCGACAGUGAGUUUCGACGAGCCCCUCAAGGAAGCCGUGGCCAUGAACCUGCACGGGACCAAGUGCAUCAUUGACCUAUGCGCCAAAAUCCCGCAAAUGGCUGCAUUCGUUCAUCUGUCGACUGCAUUUGUCAAUUGCGAGCGAAGUGAGCUACUGGAACAAGUUUAUCCUCCUCUACAAGAUCCGAAAAAAGUUCUGAACGCCGCCUCGUGGCUGAGUCACGCUGUUAUGGACGACAUUUAUGAAACGACCAGAGGAAUGAAGCCCAACACGUACAUAUACACCAAGGCCCUGGCAGAGGCUCUGGUGCAAAGCAAGUGCCAAGGAUACCCGACGGCGAUCGUGCGGCCCUCGAUCGUGGGUCCUGCAAUGGAACAGCCGUUGCCCGGUUGGAUCGACAGUCUCAAUGGGCCCAUCGCUUUGUUCCUGGCCUCGGGCAAUGGGCUCUUGCGAUCUGUGCACUGCGACAGUGACAAGCGAGCCGAUUUGGUGCCUGCGGACUACUGCGUCAAUCUCAUGAUUGCUGCUGCCUGGCAAGUCGCAGUCACGUCCAAAAAAGCAUCACCCAGCGAGGUUCUGGUGUUCAACUUGGCCACAGGAAUGGAGAACCCCAUGACCUGGGGUGAAAUGCUGAAGCUGGCCAUGUACAUUUCGCGGAAAAUGUAUCCCUUCGAAACGACCGUCAUGUAUCCCGGACUCGCCCUCACCAAGUCCGCAGUGUUCCAUAAAGUCAACACGGUUGUCUUCCAGUGGCUUCCUGCCGUUCUUCUCGACCUUUUGGCUCAAUGGACCGGACGCCCAGCAAAGCUGGUCAAGAUACAAAAGAAGUUGGUAAACCUGCAAGAAAUGCUGGAAUUCUUUUGCAUGCGAGAAUGGGAUUUCAAGUCCAAGAAUGUUCAGGCAUUGCUGAACUGCUUGAGCGACGCAGACGCAUCCGAAUUUUACUUUGAUGUCAAGCGAUUGAACUGGAGGGAGUAUUUAGAAGCCGGGAUCCUCGGAUGCAGGACUUACUACCUUGGACAGGAUCCUUCAACGAUCCCCGACAGCAUCGAUCACUUGUCCAAGUAA